AUGAGCAUCAGUGAUGACGUCUUUGGCGAGAUCACAGAAGACGGACCCAAUUACCGCAAUGUUGGCUGGAUGGGGACCGUUGUUAUCAUGAUCAAGACGCAGAUCGGUCUCGGUGUACUCUCCAUCCCCUCUGCUUUCGAUGCUCUGGGUCUCGUCCCGGGAGUGAUUUGCUUGUUGACGGCUGGAGGUAUGAUUACCUGGGGCAACUACGUGGUCGGACGAUUCAAGGAGCGACACCCCGAUGUCUACAGUAUCGUUGAUGUAGGCGAAAAACUUUUUGGAAAGAUUGGAAGAGAGGUGUUCAUGGUCUUGUUCUUGCUAUGGUGGAUCUGCGUCGCGGCAGCAGGAUAUUCAGGGAUUUCCACGGCUUUCAACGCCAUGUCGUUGCACGGCACUUGUACCGCAGUCUUCGUGGUCGUUGCUGCAAUCCUCGGCUUCCUGACCUCCAGCAUCCGGACACUGGGCAAGAUCUCGUGGCUCGCUUGGAUUGGCGUCAUUUCCAUUCUUGUUGCGCUGUUAACCCUAACCAUCGCCGUGGGUGUACAGGGACGACCUGCAGCUGCACCGCAGACUGGCGUAUACCAAUCUGAUUACAAACUUGUGGGCAAUCCGACUUUCAUCGAAGCGAUGAGCGCCAUCAACGGUUUCAUCUUCGCCUAUGCUGGAACUCCGGGCUUCUUCGCUAUCAUCUCUGAAAUGCGAGAACCAAAGGAUUAUAACAAGGCCAUGUUCACAUGUCAAGGUACAAUGACCGUUGUAUAUCUGAUCGUUGGGAUUGUAGUUUACUAUUUUUGCGGCUCAUUCGUCGCUUCUCCAGCUCUGGGGUCCGCUGGACCUCUCCUCAAGCGCGUUUGCUACGGUCUUGGGCUCCCCGGCCUUAUCGUCUCGACCUGUCUUGUUAGCCAUUUCCCGGCCAAGUACAUCUUCCUCCGCCUUUUGAAGGGUUCCAAGCAUCUUGUCUCUAACUCGAAGGUACAUUGGACGACGUGGCUAUCUUGCACUCUCGGCGUCACCAUCGUGGCCUACAUUAUCUGCUCCGCGGUGCCCAACUUCGGAAGUUUGAUCUCGUUGGUCGGAGCCUUGCUCGCCACCUUCAUGUCGCUACAGCCGCUGGGUAUGAUGUGGUUGUACGACAACUACAAGGGCCGCUCCAGGAAUUUCAGGUGGAUGGCCGGUGUCGCGAUCAGUCUCUUCGUCAUUCUUAUUGGUACCUUCAUUAUGGUUGCAGGAUCAUAUGCUGCAAUCGUCCAGAUCAUCGACGACUACAAGAGUGGGAGCUCCGGAGCAUGGUCGUGUGCGGACAACUCCAACUCCGCCGGUGGAGGCCACUAA